UUCCCGGUGGCUGAGAGGCAGAGAGAUAACAACACUCGGCCAAACACACUAACCUCGCUAACCUCGGCCACCACACUUCAUCCAGUUCUGCUCGAUAACGACCGGGGAGGGGGGGGGUCGAUCUGCGCUCGUCCAAACAAGACGUCUCUCUCACUCCCGACCCCCGACCGCUAAGGUCGACACAAACGCUGAGCGGAUUAAGUCCUUUUUUUUUUUUGCUGCUGCUGCCGGGAGUUAGCAGAGCGCCUGGGAGGAAAGGCCCGGCAGAUCCAUGGAAGCCGCGUUUUCUUGAUUCCCUGAGACGUGGACACCAGCGGCCGUGUGCGUUAUGUGUGUCCACACGAAGGCGGAGAAGUUUAAGGUCGUUGAGCGUAAAGCGCUGCGUUUGCUCCACACGGAGAGGCCUGCGAUGUCCCUCGUGUCAAAGUGUCUCGAGUGCAUCAGGAUGGGGAGAGGCGGCAGGAUGGAGUCGUCGUGUCUGGACCUGGCUCUGGAGGGGGAGCGGCUCUGUAAGACCGGGGACUAUCGGGCCGGCGUGUCUUUCUUCGAGUCGGCCAUCCAGGUGGGAACCGAGGACCUUCAGAUCCUCAGCGCCAUCUACAGCCAGCUGGGAAAUGCCUACUUUCACCUGCAGGACUACAACAAAGCCCUGGAGUACCAUCGGCACGACCUCACACUCACCAGAACGAUUGGCGAUGAACUGGGCGAGGCCAAAGCCAGCGGUAACCUUGGGAACACAUUAAAGCUUUUAGGACGUUAUGAGGAAGCGGUGGUUUGUUGCCAAAGACAUUUGGAAAUUACAAAAGCCAUAUAUGAUAAGGUUGGGCAGGCUCGGGCGCUGUAUAAUUUCGGGAACGUUUACCACGCCAAGGGAAAGAGCAUCUGCUGGACUGGAGCCGAGCCAGGAGAGUUCCCAGAGGAGGCCCGGAUCGCCCUGAGGAAAGCUGCACAGUACUACGAAGCGAACCUGUGCCUGGUGAAGGGUUUGGGCGAUCAAGCGGCUCAGGGUCGAACCUAUGGGAACCUUGGGAAUACUUACUAUCUGCUGGGCGACUUUGGAAAUGCAGUGGCUGCACAUGAACAGCGGCUGCUCGUCGCUAAAGAGUUUGGGGAUAAGUCAGCCGAGAGAAGGGCCCAUUGUAACCUCGGCAAUGCCCACAUCUUCCUCAGUCAGUUCGAAGUGGCGGCCGGUCAUUACAAGAGGACGCUUCAGCUGGCCAGGCUUCUGAAGGACCGCGCCGUGGAGGCCCAGGCCUGCUACAGUCUGGGCAACACCUACACGCUGCUGCAGGACUAUGAGAGAGCCAUUGAUUACCACCUCAAGCAUCUGGUCAUCGCUCAGGACCUCAGCGACAGAGUCGGUGAAGGAAGAGCGUACUGGAGUCUAGGAAAUGCCCACACCGCCCUGGGGAAUCAUGAGCAAGCCAUGUACUUUGCUGAGAAACAUCUGGAAAUUGCCAAAGAGACGGGAGACAAAAGCGGCGAGGUCACAGCCAGGAUGAACCUGUCGGACCUGCGGCUGGUUGUCGGCCUGAAGUCCAACUCCAACAUCCAUCCCAACAUCUUCCGCAACACAAACACUUACAAUUCCCCUCUGCCAGUGAGCUACCAGGGUUACUCCAACCACCCAGGGAUGAAUUCUCCGUUGAGGAGGAGAGGAAGUGCAGAGAACCUGAAGCUGAGUCCAAGUCCUGAGAAAAGUCCACCUCCAGACUCCCCAGCGAUGCCAGGCUUGGACGAGGAUAAGUUCCCCGGCUCUUCAAAAAACAACACCAUCAAAGCUUCCACCAAACUCUUCCUCUUCCAUCGGCUGAGGAGCAGGAAGCACAAGACCAACAAGUCGCCUCCUAAAGACCAACAGGAAAACUGCAGCGAGCAAACGGCUGCAGAGCAGGAGACGCCAGCGUCCAUCAAGGCCGGAUCGCGUGACACCAUCGGAGAGGACGGCUUCUUCGACCUCCUGUCUCGUUUCCAGGGCAGCCGAAUGGACGACCAAAGGUGCUCCCUCCUGGAUGGCCAGAGCCAUCUCCCCGCCCAUUCCUCCCCCUCCUCCACCCCACCUGUAGCUGAAAGGAAAUCUAUUUCGGCACGCGACCCACCAUUGCAGGAUCCUGGUCAUUUCCUGGAGCUGCUGGCCAGCUCCCAGGCCCGUCGACUGGACGACCAGCGAGUCAGCCCGAGCCAUUUUCCUGGCUUACGGCUCAGCACCUGCAGCCCGCCGCGUACACCCUCCACCUCCAGCGCAGAACAGGACCCCACACAAGCCCCCUCCUCCAACACAGAUACCCCUCACACAACCUCCCUUUACAGUCGACUCGAGACCAGUGCUGAUCAGCCUGAGGGGGACGACGUCUUCUUCGACAUGCUAGUUAAGUGCCAGGGGUCCAGACUUGACGACCAGAGGUCCACUGCUCCACCUUCUCCUCCACCUUCUGCUCCAUCUUCUUCAUCUAAGGGCCCAACGGUUCCAGACGAGGAUUUUUUCAGCCUCAUCCUGCGUUCCCAGUCCAACAGGAUGGAGGAGCAGCGAGUCCAGCCGCCACCUGGUGUUACCCAAUCCAAACUAGACUGACCCCAGGCAGCGAUUUGUGGUGUUAUCUCAGGACCCCCCCGUAUGAAGUAACCAAGCUUUUUUUUUGUAACCACAUGACCCUUGAUUCCUGCCUUUUGGAGCGGUCCUGACAACAUUCACAUGAGAAUGCCAAGAAUACAAGUGACGUUAUGAGGAAUUAUGGUGUCAAAUAAUACAGGAGUGGUCAUUAUGACUGUGAAACCAAGGGAAAUGUAGCGUCUCAGGCUUUUAUCAGACACGUGGGGACCAGUGAUGUCCGUCUGCUCUGGAGGCUUGCAUCAAGUCGCUCGUACAAACUGUGGGUCGUUCAUUUGCUUUAAGGAUAUAAGCCAAACUGAAGGAAUCUCUGCUUCAUGUUGGACGAGACACAUUCUAUGGAUUGAGGGAUCCGACCAGAGACUCUGCAGUGAAGCAAAGUGGAACCGCUUGGUCUUAACUGACCUCUGACCUCUCCAACAACUCGUCAAAGGGUCAAGUGGCAGAACCUCAGGGAAAUAAAGGUUCACGUCCGUCCUUAUUGCUCCACUCAUGACCAGUGGAGCCAUUUAUAGGAGCCACUUCUGGAUCUUGCAUUUAAAGACUUUAACAAGGACAAUUUCAUUGUUUAAGGUUGUAUGAGUGGAGCCAUGAAGUGAAAUGGGAUUUUUCUUCUAUGUAACAAGAUUUUACAGAUGAUUAACUAGUGUGAGUUAAAGAAAUGUUAUUUUAGCCUUUAUACUGAUGUUCUCCUGAUAAUGGAGAAAUAAAAUCUCAUGAAUUUACAUUAGUUCUUUAUUUAACCUAGAUUGGGUUCAGCGUAAAACAUUUUCAUACCUCAGAAAUCAAUUUAAUCUUCAUAUCGAUAUAAAUAAGUGUAUUUACAAAGUCUUCUCCACAUCACUGCAUCAUAUAAUCAUCACCUGAGCAAAGUUGGAGCAGAAAUAUUUAAGACUUCCUCAGUGCACAUUAGAGGUUAGGUUAUUUAUUCCGACAUUAAAAGAUCCGUCUACGCCUCUGACGUCAGCCUCUCCUGAUGCGUCCUGCACCUGAAAGAAGGAAGUGGCCAAUUUAAGAUUCUUUUAAAGAUGUUUUAACCAUUGACUUCAUAUAGUAAACAACGAUCCAAGCUGUGGUAUCAAAACUGAACUGAACAGAUCACUCAUCGGUACCAAAGAAAUGACAGUUACAAUUGUAAGAGCCUCUUGAUGUCCUGAGGAUUACCAGAGAGCGGACUUCUAAUCUUACCUGUUGACGCAGCAGUUCAAGAAGCAGUUGUUUGUCUUGUUGAGUCUGUACACGCCAGAGUUCGGCAAAUCUUUACACACUGACAAGAACCUCUGCAGCUCAGACGUCGGGAUUCCACUCUGCUGCUGUUGCUAAAUGGAACGGACAGAAAUUGACAAUUUAGGUUUAAUGCAUAAAGAACAGAUUCCCACAAAGCUUGGUGGAAGGAUGGAAUAUGGGACACGAUAAGUAGAAAUUAAGUUGUGGUUGAUUCAGGAAUUUCUUUGUUCAUCGUACAGGAUUUUGACAUUUUCGAUUUACAAGGAAAUAAUAAAAGAUCGUGAUGGGAACCAUUUGCCUGUGCGGAUGGGAGAGCCACUCCAGUUCAGAUUGUAAAUCAGUGGACGCUGGAUAUCCGGACAAAGACGAGCCAAGUUUUCAAUGAGUUCGACCUCUUUUGCUCGCUACAGACUGUUUAUCCGGAGGCAACAAAAGCCUCAGACAUGACUCAUCAAACUACAAUCAGAAACCAGAGGCUGUCCAGCCCCAAAACCUUGUCCUUCUCCUACUUAUUCUGCAGUUUAAUCUCUGCCUUUCAAUACAUUUCUGAAAACUCAUUCCUAACCAACUAAAAAGAUUAAAAAUGACCCAUAUGAGAGAGUGAUUAACAGUUACCUUGAUUGUGUCGUAGGUGUCUGUGAUGAUUGUAAUGAACAGGCUGAGGAUCAUGUAGAUGAAGAGCGAGACGAAGCUGUAGAGGUAGACUCGGCUGUAAAUCCACACCAGGCUGCUCUUCUGCCUCAUGUUCAUAAAGGUGGGAUACAUGUCGUCUCCAUUGAUCAGAGAGAACAGACACUCCGACACUGUGUUUAAGGUCCGGAACUAAAACAAAAAAGAGGAUGUGAUCUUUAUUUAUAUUAUUUGUACUCAUGAUUGCUAUAGACAGACCUAAGUGUUCUCAGGACUGGCUUCAGAGAAGUCGUGCAAACUUUUGUUAGUGUGUCGUAAACACACUUACCUUCUCGUGAUAUGGUCCAAGGACGAUCCAGCCGCACAAACAGUAACUGAGGUAGAUGAUUCCAGCGCAGCAGAUGAACCGGAUGACGUUUGGGAAAGCUGCCCUGAGCGUCAGGAUGAGGAUCUGGAAAUGGAAAGUGAACACAUGGUGACAGAUCUGAAAGAUUGUGCACUGAGGACGAGUGUCAGGAAAACACACUGAAGAUUAUAUUUUCUCUUUGAGCACACAGUUAAGCUAAAGAUAAUCAUCAAGAUGAGCCUUAAAUAAUCUCCCCAAGGGAUUCUAAAUAUAAACUUAUGAUGGCAAAUACUUUUUCAAGUGCAGAGCGUAGUACAUGUUCCCACGUCCUGUUUGUGUUUUUUAAAUCUAAAUCAUGUUACACCGAUGAAACUUUACCUUCAAAAUAAGACGUGUGUUGAAUUUGAGGCAGAUCUCUUUUUGCACAAUGGUAAGACUCUUGAGACUAUAACUUUGAAUAAAAAUACCGAAAUCGCUAUAAGAAGAAAAAUUUGCAUCAUACAGGCUUUGUGUGUUAUGCGAUGUUGAAUCAGUGCAAGGAUGAGCUAAUCUGGUUUUACGUUGUACUUCCUGAAGUAGCCCAUGUAGCGGAUGACCCCGAUCCAGACGAACAUGGUGCCUGUGCCGAGAAGGAUGCUGCAAACAUCAUAGCUUGUGAGGACCUGGAAAAAAAUGUAUUAUCAGUCUGAUUAACGGAAAAUAUGAACAUGCACACUGUAUACAGGGUUAGUAAAGUCAUGAAAGGCUGUAAUUGACAACAUGAAACUGACCGAACCAUGAAUCUGUCUCAUUACCUUGGUCUGGAUCUCUAUCUUCAGAAUGGAGCCAAUGAUGGUCAGUGUGUCGCUGACGAUGAUCAGGAUGUACCAACCGUUCACAAACUCCAACCUGUCCGACAUUGGGACUUUUUGAUUGCAGUACGACGAGUACUCCUGUUUAAAAAAUAAAACACAGGUCAUACUAAACACCAAUGAGGAAGUUUUCA